AUGGCGGGCUGGGCGCUGCUGCGGCGGCUGGGCGGGCUGGGCCAGCUGCGGGCCGCGGCGCCGGGGAGCCUGCGCUGGGCCGCGCCGGCGGCUGCCGGCCACAGAGAGCAGCUGGGAUUUGCUGUCAGACACGUUAACAGUGCGACAUGGUGGCAGGAGCAUCUUUCUGAAGAGAAUGUCGAGUUCAUCAAGAAGGUAACUGCAGAAGAAUACAAAGCUCAGACAGCCAGCAAGCUGUGCCCACUAAAAGAUGAGCCGUGGCCCCUGAAUGAGUGGAAACCAGAUUCCAUCAGAGUUGGUGUUGUUGCAAUAAAACUGGGAAUGAUGCCAAUGUGGACCAAGUCAGGAAAAAAACAUGCUGUCACGCUACUUAAGGUGCAAGAUUGCCAUGUUUUAAGAUAUGUUUCAAAGGAAGAGUCAGGUGGAAAAACAUCUAAGCUACUUGUUGGAGGCAAAAAUGCAUCUCCUUUUCAUAAAUCAGAGUCUACACUGAAAAUUUUUAAAGACGCCGGAGUGCCACGGAAGCAGAAAAUUACAACGUUUAAUGUAACAGAUGAUGCCAUAAUUAAACCAGGUACUCCUUUGUAUGCCGCCCACUUCCGCCCAGGCCAGUUUGUGGAUGUUACUGCAAAAACAAUUGGUAAAGGAUUUCAAGGUGUCAUGAAAAGGUGGGGAUUUAAAGGUCAGCCUGCAAGCCACGGCCAGACAAAAACUCACAGACGUCCUGGAGCAAUAUCUACCAAUAAAGCCUCCAAAGUUUAUCGUGGAAAGAAAAUGCCUGGUCAAAUGGGUAACAUCUAUAGAACAUCUUUUGGAUUAAAGGUGUGGAGGAUCAACACAAAACAUGACAUUAUUUAUGUAAAUGGGUCUGUUCCAGGUCACACUAAUUGUCUGGUGAAGGUCAGAGACAGCAAAUUGGCUACUUGCAAGAAGUGCAAUAAAAACCCUCCAUUCCCUACGUUUUUUGCUGAUGGAGAUGAAAAGCUACCAGAAGACCUGUAUGAUGAGGAGAUUUUCCAGUUCACAGACCCAUCUGUCACAUAUGCAUAAUAUUCUCCAUGUCUUUGGAAACAGACAAUUUUGUUAUUUUCACAAACUUUGCAAUGCUGUAUGAAAGUAAACGUAUGAAUUGCAGUCUGGACAACUGACUUGAACCCUUCAGAUAUUGCCAUUUUGGUCAGGUGAUAAGAUUUACCACUGUCAAUUUCAAACCUGUAUUUAAAGCAGCAGAUGAGUCUGAGGGGCAGGUUGUAAAGCACACUGAACAGUUUGUGUUCAGUGAUCUUCUCUCUCAGGCUGUGAAAACCUACACAUUUCUGAGACACUGUCGUUUUUGAAGGUGGUUCUGUUUAAUUUUCUGAAUGCUGCCAGUCUGUUUCUCUUUUGUGGAAAGUAUUCUGGCCAACUCUGGUCAAUCAACUUCCAAAUCUGCCUUGGCACCUGAGGGAAUCCAUGAAGGCUAAUUCAAAAUAAAACAAGAAAGUGCAUUGUUCUGUA